GAACAAUCUACACGCUUCUGUCUCAAUCCGUUCAUUAAAUGGGGGCCCAGCUAGUCAUAUCUAUAUUUACGUGCAUAUGGAUUACUUAUGCUGCCGGGUUUUUUAUGUGUGUGAUGAAAUAAUUCUGCGAAAGCGAAACUGAAAUAAGAUCCCCGCUGGUGCGUGUGCACGUUAACUCAGCUGAGUUGAGUGACAAGAUCUUUUGUCGUCUACAGUCUACAACAACCAGAUAGCCAUUCUCCCACAAGGGUGGAGUGAGGAAAAUUCUCGUGUUGCGUGCCUUUCCAAAGGACAAAAAACGUCGGAUCCCUGACGACAGGCGUGUGGGAUCCACGACCUUUUUUUCUUUCAGGCAUCGUCAUAGUGAAACCAGGCGCUCACAAAAAUGACGAAAUCGAAGAAACAGGGUCCUGUUGUGGCAAUGCAGGCUGACGAGAGUGCUUCUGAGACGUGGAGAAAGGAAGCACAGUCUUUUGUGGAGGUGGAGUUGGCAUCUGUGAAACCGAACGGGACCAAAGUCAUUCACAAUACGUCUUUCGGACUGGACAUUCUAAUUGGAGGCCUGAAGAAGGAUGUGGAGAAAUAUGUUGAAGGAGUGGGGAAGACUCAAAUAUGGUCUCAUAACUCGAUGAUUCUGAAAGAUGACAGCACCCUUACUGACUACGUCGAUGAUUCUCAUAUCGAGGGGAAAAGACCGUUCAAAGUCAAGGUUUUUAUCAAAUGACGCGUGAUCUGAGCGCCGGGGAAUGAUGGAGCCAUGGAGUGGCCCGCCCCCCCCACUGUCUUACAUGGUUUUGAAGCAAACGGCUCUCUCUAUUGCACGUUUUCUCUCAGUUUCUCUCUGUAGAAGACUGUCAUGAGUUGACCCUCUGUGUGUGCUUAAUGCGUCGCUUUGCCGGACUGUUGAUGUGUACAUUUUGUUUUUUGACAUUUCGUUAAAUUUUUUUCUCCUUCAGUUCCACCCUUGUUUUCUCUCUAACAAUUCAUUCAUUUGCAUGUGGCCUUUU